UAUAUGUAUGGUGUUUACUGUCUCUGUAAUGUAAUGGCGUUUCAGUCAUCAUUGGGUCAAGACGGGCGGAGAGAAGGCGUAUUUCUGUCUGCGCACUUAUCACCUUUUGGUUCUGCUAGCUAGUGAUUCAGUUGGUUCUGUGAUGAAUCAAACAAGCAAAGGGCAAAGUAUUUUAACAUUUUACUAGAACAAUGUUACCACCGGCACUUGUAAAAUCUUUAAGGAGGAAAGUCACUACUGCUGGUCGGAGAAAGGACGAGGUAGAAUAGUAGAACAAAAUGUAAUACAUAUGCACAUUUUAUUUGAUUGCCAAGUUCAUCGUUCGCGCGGGUCUGGUCGCCAAUCUGGUGGCUAGAUCAGUUUUUCUUAUCCCACCCGCCAUCUCCAGUGGAGGGCGGAAGUCUGGCGAUUUCCUUCUGAUAAAAUAAAAAUAAAAACUCACCACCAAUAUACAUAUUUGCUAAGUAAAAAGAGCUAAGUUUUGCGUAGAGCUGCACGUCGACAAUAAUUCGUCGAAUGUAUUUGAAUUAAAUGUCUGACGUCGAUGCUUCGGCAUUCUUCAAAGGGUUUUCAUCAGAAUUAAAUUAUAGACUAACAAUAUCCAACGUUAAGGUAUCUUUAUUCGGGUUUAUUUUCUCAUGAGAAAACUACUUCAACUCAUGAAAGACAAUAAAUAAUAGGACAUUAGAAUCGCCUACAAGUAGAUGUCUGAUAUUUCUGAAUUCUGUGACUUUCGGAAAAACCUGGACGUAGUGGUACCACGACUAGUCUCGAACUUGUAACAUCUUGAUUAGGACGCAAAAUAUUGAUAUAAUAUCGCCAAGCUACAAACGCACUGUUAUAUCAGAUGAUAACAAACAAUAUCAGACACCUAUAAAUUGGUUGAAUUAUGUUGUAAAGAUAACAGUUAUUUUACGAUAAGAGAUUAUAGAUUGAAACAUUUUGAACGGUAUUUUCUAAGGAUCGUUGUACAUUCCCGCAAGAACCCUGUGUGAAAACGAGACUGCGAUAGUGGAGCGUACCUACAUAUCGGCGGCUUCCUACCGCGUCCUUCGAUCCUCGCUGGCUUUUCAAUGUAACAAUAAAACAGCUGUGACAGUGAACCCCGGGUGCGAGGUGUCGCGAUUACCGUAUUUAUCUCGUGGAGUGAUCUCGCAUACUUGAUAAUUGUAGGAUGUAGAAACUAGUGCGCCAGCAAGUCACGUGCCGCUUGUAGUAAGCAGUAGCAGCCGUAGGGCACGGAGUACAUGUGACUGAAAAAAAAUAUGUUUGAUGUUUCAAGAUUGAUAUACUUAACGUAAUCUAUUUUUUUUUUGCUUAAAACAAGUGCAAUAAUAACAGACUAUGGUGUUACAGAACACAUCUGUAGUUCGGAUUUUUGGUUGUUGCGGCUGCUGCUCUGCGCUGCGGCCGCGCUACAAGCGCCUCGUCGACAACAUCUUCCCGGCGUCACCCCAGGAUGGACUCGUUAAAUCUAACAUGGAAAAGCUCACUUUCUACUCCUUAUCCAGUCCGGAAAAACUGGACAGGAUCGGAGAGUAUCUCUUCCAGAAAGCUUCCAGGGAUAUUUAUAGAAGGAGACACGGAUUCGUAAUAAUAGCGAUGGAGGCGAUGGACCAGCUGCUGGUCGCGUGCCACUCGCAGACCCUCAAUCUCUUCGUGGAAAGCUUCCUCAAAAUGGUUCAGAAAUUACUGGAGUCCACUGACCCGCAGCUGCAGAUCCUCGCCACACAGAGUUUCGUUCGGUUCGCGAACAUCGAGGAGGACACGCCGUCCUACCACCGCCGCUACGACUUCUUCGUGUCCAAGUUCAGCGCCAUGUGCCACAGCAACCACGGGGAGCCGGGCCCCCGGGACCGGAUCCGCCUAGCCGGGAUACAGGGCCUGCAGGGCGUCAUCAGGAAGACGGUGUCGGACGACCUGGUGGAGAACAUAUGGGAGGCGCAGCACAUGGACAAGAUAGUCCCCUCGCUGCUGUACAACAUGCAGUCGGCGGAGAAGUACGAGACGGUGUCGUGCGCGGAGGGCGGCGGCGCGGGCGGCGAGGAGGGCGAGGAGGAGUCCCCGCCGCGGCUGGCGGAGGCCUGCCUGCGCGACCUGCUGGCGCGCGCCUCCUUCGGACACAUCCGCUCCGUGCUGCGGCCCGUGCUCACGCACUUCGACCGGCACGACCUGUGGAUACCGACCGACUUCGCCGUCCACGUCUUCAAAAUCAUCAUGUUCUCGAUACAGGCGCAGUACUCGUACAGCGUGGUGGAGGCGCUCAUGCAGCAGCUGGAGGCGGGGCGCGGGGGGGUGCGGGCGGCGCGCGCGGCCGUGCUCGCCGCCAUCGUCGGCAUCGCCGCCGGGGACAGCGUCGGUCCCUCCGUGCUGGAGAUCAUCAACAACAUCCUGACCAACCUGCGCGCGUCCGUGGCGCGGGGAGCCGAGAAGGAGACCGAGGAGAAGCUGUACCAGGAGGCGCUGAUCAACGCGCUGGGAGAGUUCGCGGACCACCUGCCGGACUACCAGAAGAUCGACAUCAUGAUGUUCAUCGUCAACAAGGUGCCCGGCGCCGCCAAGCCCAGCCGCGCCGACGCCAUGCUGCAGCACAUCCUGCUCAAGUCGCUGCUCAAGGUCGGGGCUACUUACAAAACAACAGAGCUUUCGAAAGCCUUCCCCGCAGCAUUCCUGGAAGCUCUGCUCCGACUGUCCAGCGCCACGGAGCCGUCCACUAGGGUGCUGCUGCAGCGGAUCCUGCACACGCUGCUGGACAGGAGGGACAACGUGCCGAGACUCGCCGUCGUCACGCUGGACUACGACGCCGCGGGCCUCUCCGUGGAGAAGUGCUCCCGACAGGACCUCAUCUUCAUCAGCAAGCACGGAUACGCCAUAUUCAGCGCGCUGUAUGAAGGGCUGCAGCUGGAGUCCAACAGCACGGAGAACAUCGCGUGCAUCUACACCACCAUCGCGCUGCUGUGCGUCGAGCUGGCGGCCGACGACACGCUGUGCGACCUCAUGCUGCUCAUCCUGGCCAUCCAGCAGUCGAGCAUAUCGAACCCCGUGCUGUCGGUGUCGCAGCAGUGCCAGCUGCAGGCCGUCAGCAUCUCCUUGGCCGCGCUGCUGCCGCACGUCGCCAAGCUGCCCCGCCUCGCCGACUACAUCCACAAGGUGGUGGAGGCUCGUCGCGAAGAGUGCGGUCACCUGCUGCCGCCCCUCCAGCACGAGUACCGACUGUCUGACCCGACUCUGCUGCCGGCCAAGGUGCCCUACCUCAUGAUGGACCAGAUGGCGAUAUCGGAGUGCCUGAAGGCGAGCGGCGUGGAGUGCGGGCGGCUGCAGGGCGCCGCGCCCUACUGCGGGGGAGGGCCGCUGCAGCACCGACACAGCUGGAUCGAGACCGGCGCCGCGGCGGGGCGGGACAGCCUGGCGGACAUCGCGGCCGGCACCGAGCCCGACAGCGCCGCCAGCUCACCCACACUCGCAAGGCGCAGCGACAGUGGGUUCUGGUUCCGCGGACACGAGGACGACCGCGCCAGCACCUCCAGGCACGGGAGGAGGUUUGAGGGAGACACGCAGGCGCCGGCGGAGUGCGCUGGGGUGAGCCUGGAGGCGCUGCGGCGCGCGGCGGAGGGCGGGUCGGGGGCGGAGCGCCGGGACGCGGCGCAGCGCCGCCGGGCACUCAACCUCGCCUUCCGCACCGCGCCCUUCCACCACCUCAUGCAGGUCACGCAGCCCAAGUACGAGAUCCAAGAGAAGCUGGAGGAGAUCUUCCGCUCGGUGUCGGAGGAGCCGCUGCUGGCGCCCUCCCUCAAGUCGGGCCCGCCGCUGCCGGACCUCUGCCUCUACUGAGGAGUCGCGCGCCGCCGGCUGCCUCACCCUGUACUGUAGUUGCCUUGUUACGUGAUGGUUGUACUUGUUAUUUAAUGUAUUAAUGUAAUCGAAUAAUCUUGACUUUCCUAAGAAAUAUUGUAAAAAGAAAAUAAAAAUGACCUAUAAAUUAGUAAUUACGUAGUUGUCGACGGACCCCCGCCGGCCCCCCGCCGGAGCACCUCCCCAACCCCCCACCCCGCCCCGUAAUAACAGAAUACAAAUAAUAAUUAUGUAAUAAUUUAUAAUGAAUCCAACUCUUAGAAUCUCUAAUAUGUUUUAAUGUAAUUAAGAACGAUUGAACUGUUAACUCCCCGCAUUCAAUUAUUGACGUCUUUGUAUGUGCAGUCGUAUUCUGGUUUAAAAUUUGUCGGAUCCAUCUCCCCUUGUUGUGUUGAGUGUCACUUGAUGUUUAUUUUAUUCUAAUUUACGUUUUUAUAUAGUCAAUUAAACAUUCAAACAUGAGUUGUAAUAAAAAAAAUAGUGUACCGUUAUUAUUAUUCUAAUUAUUGACUGAAGGAACAUUCCAGUGUUGUGCAUGGUCGGCGCGGACCACUUCCAAUGAUCAAGUGUCGCUCUUGUUAUAUAUCCACGCGUCAAGACACUGGGAGGGCGGGACCGUCCCGAUGCGUGUGGACACCCCCUUGGUGACCCCCCACGUGUGGACGUUACUUAAGUAAAUGUAAAUUGAACGCGGGUAGGUCGGCGUGCGGUCCGCAGUUGACGGUGAUUGUUCUUUUGCUUCGGUUGUGUAUUCAAUAAAUGAAACUGAACUAA